AUGUUAGACUCCAACUUCAAUACUAAGCUUGGGGAUUUCGGUCUAGCUAGACUUAUGGAUCAUGAAAAAGGGUCAGAAACCACAGUUGUUGCUGGAACCAGCGGCUACCUAGCACCUGAAUACAUGGACACGGGCAAGGCUAGAAAGGAAUCUGACAUAUUCAGUUUUGGGAUUGUUUUGUUGGAGAUAGCCUGUGGGAAAAAAGCCAUACUCCACCAAGAACUGGAGGGUGAAGUUCCAUUAGUUGAGUGGGUCUGGGAGCUAUAUGGAUUGAGAAAUCUAACUGUAGCAGUAGAUCCAAAGCUAUGUGGGGGUAUAUGA